AUGCAGCAACACCACAGCAUGCAACAGCAACACCCGCGCUUCGAGCGUCGCCGUGACGCCCGUCUGUCUGCAGAUGAACUGAAGGUAUUUCAAACCAGCUGCUUCAGCACGCAUCAUGUUGUUCAGUGUCCCGACUUACUCCCACAAGCUGAACUUGUUCAAAUAAAAGCUCCUUUCCCUCAUCAACCCUUUUUGUCUUCAUCCCCGUUCUGUUCAAAUAGAAGCUCCUUUCCCUCAUCAACCCUUUUUGUCUUCAUCCCCGUUCUCCCUCAAUAAAAAUUAGGACGUGACCGUCGAGCAAUUCGUUGAAAUUGCCAAGGACAAGUGGAAAAGCCGCAGUCUACAGCGUGCCUUGAUGGAGAACGAUGCUCCGGUCUCCAAACUGGUCUACGCGAAGGCCGAACCGGUUUUCGUGCAGCUUUUGUCCGAUCAGUAUGGGAACUACCUGUCCCAAAAAAUCCUCGAAUACUGCACCGAUGAGCAAUUUGAUCUGUAAGUCUUCUGAUGCUUUUUGAAGAUGCUCCUGAGGUGUUGGUGUAAGCUUGAUUUGAUCAUGUUCCGCAUCCCAUCAUGACCUCCACCUCUUCUUCUAGAAGACCUUAGACUUCGAGGAUUUAGUGUUCAUCUUUCUUGCUCUCUUACAGCGCCUUUUAAACCUUCACCUCAACAUGCCAUCACCAUCAUCUCCACAUGAUCAGGUUGUUCUCGAAGGUUGAAGGGAAAUUAUGGGAAUUGGCGAAUGAAGUCCAUGGAACGCGCGCUGUCCAGAAGUUUGUUGAGGAGAGCGUCAAACGCAACCGUGCCGAAAACGUCUUGUCUGCUUUGCUUAUGAAUGGUCGUGUUAUUGUAAUGGUUUUUACUGCUCGAUUAUAUGAUUACCCAAAACUACGUCGUGGUGGUGAUUGAGCAUGAUGGUCGUGCCACUAGUAAGUUCGUUGAUGAUGUAGUACGGAAUACUAGUUACUAGAUCAAGAUAAAGCUUCGUUUCUUUUUUCUGCAUUUUCUUUCUUCCCCCAUCCCAUCUUCGCUCCUUCAUCCUCCGCGAGCACAUUGAGGCUCUUUCCCGUUCGGUUACUGGAUUCCAUGUGGUUGUCAAGCUGUUGGAAAAGAUGAGCCGUGACGAUGUGGAGAAAAUCCUGGGAAACCUGUGCAAAGAUGCGGCUACUGUCGUCGCCAUGGGCAAGGAUCAGUGGGGCUGCUGCGUGCUGAAAGCCUGCAUCGAUACUGCUGAGGGUGAGCGUCAGCAGGUGAUUGUCGAUGCGAUCGUAUCCCACACUCUCGAAUUGGUGCAGGAUCCGUAUGGAAACUAUGUCGUCCAACACGUUUUGGCGAGCUCCAACUGCUUUAUGCAGGUACAACUGCUUCAGUUAGAAUUUGAAUUUGAAAAUGAACAAUGUUGAAUAUUAUCUUUAAAUCUACUUUCUACAGAAGCCUUAAUAUUCUAGAUGGUUGACAGCACACACGAUACACUUAACUGGUACUACCUGCGAAGAUUUCAUCACACCACGUGAACAAUUUGUUGCUACUUUCUUUCAAGAAGUAGCAUAUUUAUUUUUGGUCACCAAGAAUAUAAUUCUACUCAUAUUAAUCUCUACUCAUAAAAAUCCCCACAAUAAUUGACCACCACCGCCUCAACGACCACAACAGCAACAAGUCCUCCCACCGAUGAUCAAGGCAUUGAAGGAUCACGUCCUGGAUUUGUGCCAACAGAAAUUUUCUUCCAACGUCUUGGAAAAGCUCCUCACCACUGCUCCGGAUGUGCAUAAACAAGUCUUGAUUCAGGUACUAUUCAAGUUAGAGUAUCGCUAAAAAUAUACGUGUACGUGAUCAUCAAUAAUCAUUGUAGAUGUAGAAGUUGAAAGAAAGAGCAGGUGGUAUCAUUACAUACACAUAGACAUAUUCCCUCGAUCCGACUGCACACCUACAAUAGCGAACAACCCCAAGCCCUAGCCCUCCUUCAUACCAAGACAAGCAAAUCCUUCUACCUUCACCAGGGCGUCCUCGCUGCUGGCAAAUUGGAAACCACCGAAGUUGCCAAGCACCUUCUCUUCCACCAGUAUGGCAACUACGUUUUGCAGCAAACUUUGGCCGUCGCCAAGGAUCCUCAACACACUACUUUGCUCGAAGCCGUCCGUCCUUUGGUCCAGAAGGUGUUGAAGCACUUCCUCGAGAACCCCCAUGAUGCUGCUUCUUCGUUGGCUAUUCCGAACCACGGAUCCACGUCCUUGGCUCCGGAACAGGCGCAACGUUAAGGCACUCCACGAAUUAUCUUGAUCGUAAUAUCUGUAAGUCUAGAAUAAAUAUUUUUUUGUGUUUUUUUGUUUCCUAGUUAGCCGUGCUCCACCGGCACCGGUAUCAGUAAAAUUGAGAUAAAUGUAAAAGAACCACGUGGUCCACUUAUUUUCUUUCCUCAUACAUAGAACGAAGAAGUCCACCACAAGCACAAAAAAAAACUUAUACUACAUAGAAAAGAAGAAGUCGAUGUCGAGACUCGCAUUUAUUAACGCUUCUUCCUUUUCUAACAAUACUUGGGGAUGAAACUGGUGAAACGCUUUCCCUGUCUGUUGGAAGGCAUGUCGGAGUCGGAGAAACAGCAAUUGAGCAACACCUCGCACUACACGAGCAACGCUGAUGAAGCCGGCGGCAAUGGAGGAAUGUUCGGUAGUUGUACUAGAAGAUGAAAUUCUCGUAUUUAAUCACUUCUAAACUUAAUGCAGGGGUUUGUAUCCUAAACGACCUACAAUCUAGUCCUCUACUCAUCAUCAUUCUAGCUGAUAAAUAACCGAGUUACUGUCUGAAAUAUGGGACGUAGUUUCGAAAGGCUACUCUUCCUAAUAACCGAUGUACUAGAUGAUGAAAGUGAAACGAUUCUAGAUGAGGAUAAAUGAAGAUGAUAUUGAGGCUUCCCCUAAUCCAUCCUCGGAAGCAUCUCGGGCACGUUUUCAAUGGUGAAUCGGUGUCGGGAUGCCUCUCGGGAUGGAUAAGGGUGGGCGCUAAUGAUAAGUAGGCCCGUGGCCAAUCGCUGUAAUCGAGUCAAUCGACAUCGACCUGAACAAUUCUUGUGGUCCUUUCAUCUUGAUUUCCAUUUCGCAUAAUCUAGAUAACUACAGCUUCUACUAGAAGUACAGCUUCAUCUUAUUUUCUUCUAACUACUUAUGUACAACUAGAAGUCUCUUCCAACACAAACUGAAGCACCUCCAACAUCUUCAUAUGAGGUUCCGGCAGCUCCUAUUCUCCUCAUGAUGGAAGCAACACUUGGGGUUCUCAAACCGGUUCUCCGUAUGACAUGUCGGGACCCACCAACUACUUCAACUCGAUGUACCCGAACGCAUACUCCGCAGCCAUGCAGGCCUCUUGGGCGGCGCAAUACAGUAUUUUUAGAACUGCUUUUGGAAGUUUUGUGUGUUUUUCUGUUGUUGGUGGAGGUUGCUUGUCAUUACUUAGAGCAUGAGAGUCUUGGACGCAAGUAGUAGGAAGGAAAUUCAACUUGUUGCAAGUCUCAAGCUCAUGAUCUCACGAGAAUUCUUUUCCUUCUUAUCCCAUAACUACGAUUCUUCUCGUACCCCAUCCAAAUAUCCCAACGUGGAAAAUCAGAUCAUCUGUUGGCUCUGGGUCAGGCUGCUGCGGGUCAAGCUGCCGGCAAGUUCGGACAUAAGGGCAAUGGAAAAGGUUUCAAGGGCGGAAAGGGUGGCUAUGGUACUCGAUGCUUCUUAAUAACGCUCUCUAUGGUACUUGAGUUCACACCGAUUGUCCUUGAAGAUGAAUCCUGUCAUUAUAGUCCCUUCGCCAUGCAUCUUCCUUGUUACUACCAAUACUUCUCCUGCUAAACGUGAUGUUCUUCCUUUUGAAGAUCAAUUGGAAACGUCGAUUUUACUAUUUUGUAAAUCCACCACCGUGAAGAUGAAGAUGAUGAUCAAUCCCCUCAAUGCCAUCAGGUUCCAACAGCUUUGGCGGAAAGCAGGGUGGCAGUUCUUUCAAGGGCAACCAAGGUGGCAAAGGUGCUGCUGGAAGCAACUUCGGUGGAAGCAACACCUCGUCGAAUGGUCAUGCUGGUGCAUUUGGUGCUGGUGGUGCAGGUGCAGGCGGAAACGGCAUGAACGGACUCCAAAACAUGGCCAACAUGGCUGCCGCUGCUGGCAUGAGUCUCGGAAACAUGAGCAAUCACGGCAUGAUGAGCAAUAACAUGAUGCAGAUGGGCAACCAAGGUGCUGCUAUGGGCGGAGGCGCAAUGGCAGGCAUGGGCGAUAAGCAAAAUGCACACAGCAAUUACUACACUUAUGACUGGACGAGAUAUAGCUACCUAUAGUUAUACAUUUAAGAGGCCUUGGCAUUGCCUAUCAUUCUAUUGGCAAGGCUAUUCCUUGUCCCCAAAAAUUGAUCGCAAAAGUCUAGACUUCUCAUCAUUAUGACUGUACAUGGUCGACAUUAGUUUGAACUUGCUGGGCUUGAAGUAAAUCAAAUUACUUGAUGAAGAACUCGGCGUGUGCCAAAAACAUCAUACUGCAGCACGAUCAAUUCUGUCACCCUACCUACAACAGUAUCAUCAUCAGGAUGUGAUUGUAAUCUCUUCUUCCUUCGUCCUCUAAGCACCUGCGUACGCGCACAAAGCUGCUCAGGCUUUGGCCAGCUUGAACGCUUUGCAGCAGGCCUCUAUGCCCAACGUCCAGAGCAGCCCGAUGUCUUCAGCAGGCAUGCCAGCUACGCCAGGAGACCAGCAGAUGCAACUCGGCAAACAAUCCGCUUGGGCCUAUCCGACCUCUGAUUUUAUGGAUCUUCAACAUCUGUUUGAGGUGGAGAGUUCUUGUUUUGCUGCAUCAUGUAGUUGUAGUAGCCGGAUGUAAAAAAAAAAACACAACACAAAAAAAUGGAAGAUCCGAAAAAAUCAGUGCGUUUGAAAAUCGGCGCCUUUGAACAAUCGAAUCAUUUGAAUGCGCCCGCGAUCGCGAGGAAGAUUAGAAUGUAGUAAGAGUAUGUAAGGUCGAUUCCGAUGCACUUGCUGUUGCUCCAUCAAAAAACUGAGGAGUUGUUACUGUUACAACAGGGACAUUCAUCUCUUUUGAUUUCUCACUUAUCGUUACGCUUCACUCCUCUCUUCACCACCUCUAACAUAUACGGCAGCAGUUCCAGCUAUGCCAGCUCUCCGGAUAGCGGGUUCGCGCAACAGAAUGACGAGAUGGCACGCAUCGUCGGCUUUUGGCCCAACUAUCAGAUCACCUAUGAUGAACAGUAG